CUUCACUGCUACUUGGAGGACAGAGUGAAGAAGAUCAGUGAACAUGUCCGGGCUAAGACCAAGAUUCCUGUGCAGGACCAGGUCCUUUUGCUGGGCUCCAAGACCCUAAAGCCCCAGAGGAAGCUGUUGUCUUACGGCAUUGACAAGCAGACGACCAUGCACCUCACUCUGAAGGUGGUGAAGCCCAGGGAUGAGGAGCUGCCCUCGGUUCUGGUGGAGUUACACAAUGAGGGGCAGAGGGUCCUGCUCAGGGCCCAGGUGAAACAGAUGAUAGAGACCAAGACCGCUAUCAUGCCUGGGAAUCAGGUUGUGACUUGCAAUGGCAAGAGGCUGGAAGAUGGGAAGACCAUGGCGGACUAUGGCAUCAGAGGGGACAAUUUACUCUUCCUGACAGCCCACUGCGUUGGGGGCUGAGCUCUCCAGGGAUGGGUGAGAUCAGGAGCAAAAGUGCUUACUGUUGGCUCUUACUCCACCCACAUCCCUUGAUGAUUUCCCAAAUUAACGAGAAAGAGAAAUAGAAAAGGUUAAGGGUGAAGUAGGGAGGAAGACUGCAGAAAACUUUCUAACUCCAUGAUUUUUGUUCUAACAUAAUUGAUUAGUGACUGGAUUGUGCAUAUUACUGAA